AUGAAAAAAUAUUUUAAAAAAAGAGAUAAAGUAAAAAUUAGAACUCAUAUAUAAAUGACUAAGAAAAUAACCUUGCCAUUAAAUCAAAAAUAAGUCUUUUAACCAAAAGAUAUAUUCGAUACAACUGCAGUGUAAAAUUAAAUGAAUAAUAAAAUAAUUUUAGAAGUAGAAAAUAAAUGGAGAAUUUACAUAGAACUCAAAGAUUUAGGAUAACCAUAUUUAGAGACUAUCAAUUAAGACUCAAUUCUCAAAAAACGAACGACUUAUAAUUAUUAAAAUUUUUGCUAUGGCAAGACAAGAGGAAAACUUAUUAUAAAAUAUGUUUAAUGA